CUAUUAAACACGGGAAACACACUUUCAAACACGGGAUUUCCCUUGGUGAAAUGAUCUUUUUCCUGUAGUGUAAGUUUUUAAGCUUUAAUGCGCAAUUUAGUCUGAUUUGCACAUUAAAGUUUUUAUAUAGAAACGAAAGUGUUUUGGUGACCUAAAAGCGUAAAACCGUAAGUUUUUAAUUUUUAAAGCCCGAUUUUGACUCCAUUGCUAACUCUAUAGCAAUAAGCACCAUGCUAACCACUUUUAUCACCGUUCAUUAUUGUUAAGUUAAAUCAGACAAUGGGAAGUAACAAGGGGCGUUUUUGGUAUUUUAUAAUAUGACUUUUAAAUAAAUAUCUUAAAAUUUCUAAAUAUUUCUUUCCUCCCUUAUUAAAAUUUAGGACUUUGCUACGGUGACAUGCAUGUCCCCGUAACUUGCACUUUUAGGUCGACCUCAUAUAGGAUUAGAUCGACCUAAUCUGUCGUUUCAGUCUUGUGCUAGAAGGCAGCUUACUUCGUAGCAACUUCGAGCCUUUUGUUUGAAGCCUUCCAUAUAUCCAAUAUUUCAUCCAAUGCCUUGAAUUUGUAGACAAACAUACCUACUUUCAUGUGGUAGAGGCCCCUGGACUCGAAUCCCAUCCAUGCUUCUCGAAUUGAGCUCUAAAGUAGGCUUCACAAACACUUUCCCAGACUUGGUCAUUUUCAGACAGUUUCCAGGUUUUGGCAUAGCCUUUUGAUCAGGUUCAGAAAUGGUCUUCUGGACUUCUUAUCGAGCUCCCAAACACUUCAAUGUGUAGAGGGACACUCCAGCUUCAAAACAAGCCAUUAAUCUCCAAUUUCCAUCGAGCCAAUUGUAAGAUAUGAAUCUCCAAAGUAGGCACCAUGAACUUGUUUUUACACUAAAACAACAUAUUAGGUCGACCUAAUCCUAACUGAGGUCGACCGAAAAGUGUAAGUUACUGUGACAUGCAUGUCACCAUAGGCGCACCCUUAAAUUUAAUAUCACAAGCCAUAUAAGAGGAAGUAUCAAUAUUCAUGGUCGCAAUCCUUGGGUUGUGAGCCCGUGACCACGAAACUUCAAGAGGCAACCAACGUGUUGACAGAGAUCUCAAGACCAGCCUCGUAGUUAAGGAGCAACUCGACCGCGAAAAUGUUGUGACAUAAAGAUCACGGUCGCGAUCUCAUGCUCCAGUCCGGGAACUAGGAACUCAAAGAUGGAGUAAAGACGCGACGUUUUCGGGUGAUUCGACAUCGUUUUACACGAUACGGUCCAUAAUGCGACCUUGGAUACGGUCGUAUCUAUCGGGUCAUGGCAUCGAGGUUUUAUCUUGCACUCUUUUAGCCGUAUCAUGUUGCAGCAAGCCUAUAAAUAUCCUUUUUCUGCAAUUGAUGAAGGGGAGUCGAUAUAGAGUGAGAAAUUAGGGUUUUUGGGUAGUUCAUAGUGAGAGAAACACCUUGAGUCAGCUUGGGAAGGAGGAAUUCAUCCAAAAUUCAAGGAGAAGGGUGCAAUAGGAGAAGAAUAUGACUACAAGCAUUUCCUCUCUUGUUUGUAUUUCAUCUCUCUUUCUAUGACUUGAACCAAUAAGGUUGUUUAAGGGAGAUGAAUCUUAUUAUGUACUUUGUGUUUGAUUGAUUGAAUGAGAACCUAGAUGUUUGUGUUCAAUUAUGUGUUUAUUGCUUCUUUCCAUGGCUUGAUUGCUUGAUAUGGCAUGGUGCAUGAUUAGCCCUAGAGUUAGCUAUGUGGAUGUGUGUGGAGAGCUUUCUAUCUAGGUUAUAUGAUAUAGGGUACUAAUUGGUGGACAAGGUGACCAUCACUUGCCAAUUAGGAGCACACCUAGUUGAUGAUAGGAAAGUAGGUGUGUGACCAUCGACCUACCGACCUAGUGUGAGGAUGGGUGAAACCCAUUUAGAGGAGGUAGAGUGUAUCCCUAGUCCGAAGAUCAGUUGUGAUGACAUUGGGGGCGGUGGACUUGGCUAGGGGGAUUAGUGGCUUGACCAUUGCAAAGAUCCCUAUAUUAGCGACCUCCGCACUACUAUUUAGGUUAGCAUCGAUCAAUCACUCAACAUAUUACUAGGAGGACUCGAACCUAGACAACCAUCUCAUCUCUAGCACCCUCAACCACUUGGUUGGUUGUUUAGUUAAUUAGGUUAGUUUAGUAGUUAAACAAACCUUUUCUAUUUUGACUAGCUAGUAGGUCGGAGUGAAUUAAUAGUAAGCCUAGGGAGCCUCGGAAUACGACAUCAGUCACCGCUAUACUACCUCGCCAAUUCGAGUUAUACUUUGCUCUAAUUGGAGUCGUUAGUGUUGUUUCGAUCGAACUUACAAAUAUUAAAGUUAUGUCAGACAAUACGAGAUGAAGAGGGUGGAUGGGGAUGUGUUGAUUAGUUUCUUUGAAUGAAACCUAGUUCGUUUUCCCCUGAUUUUGUUUGCCCCUAAAAUGAAUCAGCAUCCAGGUGGGUCCCAAUCAGCGCCAAGUGGAUGUUCCUGGUUUAUUUUCACCCCUUGUAACCUUAACGGAAAAUAUGAAUGUGACCACAAUUUAUUGAAAGGACACAAUUGAAAUUUGUUUUUUUUAAUGAAAACCCCCAUAUUCGUGUACAAACAAGAGAGCUUAUACAAAUCCUACAAGACAAAUAUCUGAUUUUUUAAACGAUGAAUUUGGUGGUCAAAUCCAUCAUAAAUCCCUCAAAACGAAUUUCUCGUUCAAACAACCCUUCUUAAGUUAUUGAAUUGUAAAAAUGAGAGGGAUGGAGAGGGUUUGAAUUGUAAAAAAUGAGGGAGAGUGAGAGACUGAGACAGACGUAUCUACUUCUGCCUUCUGGGCUUCCCUUUCCUGGUUUGGCAAGGACAAACUUCAAUACCUAAACCCAACGGCCAAAACGCAAACUCCCUUUCGUUUCCUCCUUUUAUCAGAUAGAUGGUUAGACUUUCCCCAAAAACCCCUUUCCAAAUCACAACUGCACUUACCCUAAUGGAACACCUUUCCAGUAUAAAUGCUUUGGCAAAAUUUAAUGGACAGUGUCAUAGUGAAAGGUCGGACAAUUCCUUUCUUAUACACAGAUCAGAGUCUACAUGUAAGGUCUAUCAGUAUGAACAACUGAAGGGUUACAAAGAGAUGUGGUCGUUGUUGCUCACAUCCGAUCCAACAUUGGACGACUCCAAAUGGAAAGCAAACGACUCUGCUAGCUUAACUGCAUCAUGAACUCUAAGCCUGGUGCCUUGCUGUGAGACUACUGUGGCCGCCACUUUGGCCGCUAAAGUACCCAUCCCUUUUAGAUCCGAUACGCCUCGUAGGAUCCCAUAUAAGAUUCCGGAAGCAUAUGCAUCCCCAGCACCACAGGUGUCCAGAGGCACGCAUUGGGAAGGUGGGAUGAACACAGCUUCUCCUUUGACGCCAAUGUAAGACCCUCUUGGCCCGUCUGUGACUGAAACUAGAGGGACGAAAUGGCUAAGGUAUCUCGUGGCAGCAAUGGUGCUUUCUUUGUUGUCAAAAUCGCAGAGGGACCUUGCUUCGUCACCGUUGGCAAAGAGGACGUCAGCACAGUUCCCCACGAUUUCCCUGCGGAACAAGGAACACAAUGAUGACAAGCUUAUCCUACUAAACAACAGUAGUCUGCCAUAUGGUGUCUACAUCUUAUUCCGUUUGGUUCAAUUCACACCUGUUGAUGCCUGUUGACGAUCAUAUAACCAACUUCGUCACCCAGUACACUUCCAAACUCUACAUUAAAACCUAACUUUCAAUUGAUCUGCAACUCCUGUCUUAGUCAUUUCCCGCAAUUCACAUCUACCCUCAGAUAUAAACAAAUUGUGGACCAUUGAACCAUUUCAUAAUCAGUCACUUCUACUAUUUUCACUUCUAUUUGCUGCUAUCGACAAACUAUCAAUAGACAUCUAACCAAUUGAUCUAGAUGGGUUUUGUAACUUACUUUGUCAUGCAGCAUUAAAGUGAUUCAUCCUCAAAAAGUAGCAGAAGCUUCAUAUGAAAUGCUUAAUAACAAUAGCAAUCUGCAAACGGAAUGAUAGGCUUACCAAAAAUCAUCAUAGUGUCUCUCGAUGCAAGAUACAUCUGAUGCUGUAACUGCAACUAGUGCACCACUCUUGCGUGCUUCUUCACAUGCCUUUCUAAUUGUUUGGAUGGUAUCAGGAAAUUCAAACAAAUAACCUUCCACUACCAAGAUACUCGUCUUCGAAACUAUACUGGCCAAGCUUUGAUCAUAGUCUACUUUUGCCGAUGU